GCCAAAUAAGCACAAGCACAAGCGGUGCCCCUCUCUCCCACUGCUGUCGAGGUUAUUUACUUUGACUUGCUAGUAGGAUCAUGGACGACCUUCAAUUCACAAUAUUAGACCCUGGUAAAUCGCUCACGCCUGAAUUACAAAAGGCAAUAGGAGAACACAUCCCUAACCUCCUUCGUCACCAUGUCACCAUUUGCCAGACCACGUUGGCUGAGCUGGGGCCGCCGUGCAAUAAAUUCGACUGUAUCGUCUCACCUGCUAACUCUUACGGUCGUCUAGAUGGCGGCUUUGACUACUACCUAUCUGAAGCGCUUGCGCCUGCGGGUGACAUAGAUGCCCCAACGCGACUUGCACAGUCCACCCUGUAUAAGAAAUGGAGAGGAUAUGCACCCCCUGGAACAUGCACUCUCGUUUCUCUAAAAGGCACAUCUUGCGAGCACAACAAACAUGACUGCGCCUACAUCGCGCUUUGCCCGACCAUGCGAACGCCCGAAAUUGUGACUUGGAACAAGGAGAUCGUAUACAACUGUAUCUGGUCACUCCUAACCACCAUAUCCAAUCAUAAUUCCGAUGUAAAUGACAAGUCUAGUGGUACGAAAGGUCGAAGAAUCAAGACUGUUGUCAUGACCGGGCUAGCCACAGGAGUUGGAUUAGUCUCUGCUGCUCGCUAUGCCCAGCAGAUGGCCUUGGCUAUGAGAGAUUUUGUCGAUGCCAGUGCUAAUCCGAUGGAAUGGUCUACACUGUCCUGGGGGGAAAUCAAGAAGUACGCCGGUGACACAAGGAAGACCCACGACCUUUGAGGAUAGUAAUGCAUAUGAAUUCCUAGAAGCCGCGAAGACGUUCGAUCUCAAAUUUGAGACAGCUAUCAUUCUCAGCUACGUGUGGAAUCAGAACGGGAAUUCAAUUGGUGUAUUACCAGCGCUUUAUGUUUUAUAUUCAGCAAUCCCCAUUCGGUGAUCUUUCU